CAGGCGGCCAUCGAGGCGGCGCGGCAGGCCAAGCAAAUGGGGAACGCGGGCGCGCCCAUCUCCACAGCCAGCUCCACACAGAGGAAGAGGCAGCACUACACCAACAAGCCCAAGAAACCCAUCAACACGGCCCCAACCAGACCUCCCAGAGCCCUGCUCUGCCUCACCCUCAAGAACCCCAUCCGCAGAGCCUGCAUCAGCAUCGUGGAGUGGAAACCGUUUGAAAUUAUCAUUUUGAUGACUAUAUUUGCGAACUGCGUGGCCUUAGCUGUCUACAUCCCCUUCCCAGAGGACGACUCCAACGCCACCAACUCAAACCUGGUAAGUCACACCUGACCUGACACAGGUUCUUAUGUCAUGUUGCUAUGGUUAUUACGCUCUGUUUGACUGUAGGUGCCAGGUGGCUGUGUGUGUGUGUGUGUAUGUGUGUGUGUGUGUGGGGGUUGGGGGCUCCCGAGUGGCG